CAAAACCUAAUUGGCCGUGCUUCGUGUCUUUCUCUACACGUUGACACUGCUCACCCACCCCAUUUGUAUUAUUCUACUCUCAAAGUCGUAUAAGGGCAAACCCAGAGACAUCUCGUAAUUUCUCAUCCUCUUCUUCGAUCUGGUGGGUUUACCUUAGUUUUUGGCAAAAACAAGACAAGAUGGGAGGUGGUUUUCGUGUGCUUCAUCUUGUGAGGCCUUUCCUUGCUUUCUUGCCGGAAGUGCAGAGCGCUGACCGGAAGAUUCCGUUCAGAGAGAAGGUGCUAUACACCGUUGUAGCUCUAUUCGUGUUUUUGGUAUGCAGUCAGUUACCUUUGUACGGAAUCCAUUCCACAACAGGAUCGGAUCCGUUCUAUUGGAUGCGAGUAAUUCUGGCUUCCAACCGUGGAACUGUUAUGGAGCUUGGAAUCACACCAAUUGUGACAUCAGGACUUGUGAUGCAACUUCUUGCUGGUUCAAAAAUCAUUGAAGUUGACAACAAUGUCCGCGAGGAUCGAGCUCUCUUAAAUGGAGCACAAAAGUUGUUGGGAAUCCUGAUAGCUAUUGGUGAGGCCGUGGCCUAUGUUUGCUCUGGCAUGUAUGGAAGUGUUGACCAACUUGGAGUUGGAAAUGCUAUCCUUAUUAUCCUUCAGCUCUUCUUUGCUGGGAUCAUUGUCAUUUGCUUAGAUGAACUGCUUCAGAAGGGAUACGGAUUAGGGUCUGGAAUUUCUCUCUUCAUUGCAACCAACAUUUGUGAAAAUAUAAUCUGGAAGGCGUUCAGCCCGACCACCAUUAACAGCGGCCGUGGAGCUGAGUUUGAGGGUGCUGUUAUUGCUCUGUUCCAUCUACUGAUAACCCGAACAGACAAAGUUCGUGCUCUGCGGGAAGCAUUUUAUAGGCAAAAUCUCCCCAAUGUUACAAAUCUCCUCGCUACGGUCCUGAUCUUCCUGAUUGUUAUCUACUUCCAAGGGUUCCGUGUUGUCCUCCCUGUGAGAUCAAAGAAUGCCCGUGGACAACAGGGAUCUUAUCCUAUCAAACUGUUCUACACCUCAAACAUGCCCAUCAUUCUCCAAUCUGCUCUUGUUUCCAACCUUUACUUCAUCUCUCAGUUGCUUUACAGGAGGUACAGUGGAAACUUUCUUGUAAAUCUUUUGGGCAAAUGGAAGGAGUCUGAGUAUUCAGGUGGUCAGUAUGUCCCUGUUGGCGGUAUAGCUUAUUAUAUCACAGCACCUUCAAGCUUAGCGGACAUGGCAGCAAAUCCGUUCCAUGCAUUGUUCUAUCUUGUAUUUAUGCUAUCUGCUUGUGCACUUUUCUCCAAAACAUGGAUUGAAGUUUCAGGAUCCUCUGCCAGAGAUGUUGCCAAGCAGCUUAAGGAACAACAAAUGGUGAUGCCCGGACACCGUGAAUCAAACUUGCAGAAGGAGCUGAAUCGCUACAUACCUACUGCUGCAGCAUUCGGUGGCAUGUGCAUCGGUGCGUUGACAGUGUUGGCAGAUUUCAUGGGGGCAAUCGGUUCUGGAACCGGAAUCCUGCUCGCGGUUACUAUAAUCUAUCAAUAUUUUGAAACAUUUGAGAAGGAGAGAGCCAGUGAACUUGGUUUCUUUGGCUUUUAAACUUGUGACUUCACAAUUUUGGAGUAAUGAUACGAGAGAUAUGUAACUAGGUCUGUUAACACCAAGUUUUUUAACGGAUACUAAUAGCCCUUGUGGCUCCACAAAUUACUCUAUGAAAGGUUUAGUUCUUUAAAAUGGAUUUUACCAGGAGUUUAUUUAAUGUACUAAUAAUGGUAAUGCCAGUAGUAUUUUGGGCACCAUUGGUACCCAUUAGCAUUAAUCUUCAUUAAUGUACAGGACAGCCCCUUACUAAUUGCACCCAGGCCUAUAGCAUUACCGGCCUUAUCAAAUGCAACAUCUGUGUUUCUUUUCAA